AUGGCAGCUCAACUUGAGAGGGCAGCUCAACUUGAGAGGACAGCUCAAUUUGAGAGGACAGCACAACUUGAGAGACAGCACAACUUGCGAGGACAGCACAACUUGGGAGGACACCACAGCUUGCGCCGACAGCAAAGCCUGCACAGACAGCAAAGCUUGCAAGGACAGCACGGCUUGCGAGGACAGCACGGAUUGCGACGACAGCACGGCUUGCGAGGACAGCACGGCUUGCGAGGACAGCACAGGUUGCGAGAGCAGCUCAACUUGAGAGGACAGGUCAACUUAAAAGGGCAGCUCAACUUCAGAGGGCAGGUCAACUUGAGAGGGCAGCUCAACUUGAGAACGCAGCUCAACUUGAGAGGGCAGCUCAACUUGAGUGUACAGCUCAACUUGAGAGGAAAUCUCAUCUUGAGAGGACAGCUCAACUUGAGAGGACAGCUCAACUUAAAAGGGCAGCUCAACUUCAGAGGGCAGCUCAACUUGAGAGGGCAGCUCAACUUGAUAGGGCAGCUCAACUUGAGAGGACAGCUCAACUUGAGAGGACAGCUCAACUAG